AUUGUUUACUGGAAGCAUAAUAAUAUCUAAAACAAUAAAAUGUCAGCUUCAGUAUUUGAGUCAAACGACGAUUGCAAAAUUGAAUGUCUAGGAAACAUCAAAAUGGCAUCCGUAUCUGCACAAGAAAUAUUUAGCUCUUCCAUUUCACCGAAAGUGUUAUCGGAUGUCACAAAGGAAGUCGACGUCAUAGUGGGGGAAAGAACUUUUGUCGUAAGAAAAAACAUUCUUUUGGAUCUCAGUACUCACUUCGACGAAUUGCUUUGUAGUAAACAAUCCAAAACGCCUUUGGUAAUAUCUCUUUCUGACGUCGAACCAGUAGUCUUCUCUUUAAUUUUAAGACUUUAUCACCAAUCCAAAAUGCCAAAGUCAACAGUCAAAAACUCCACCAAAAUUCCAUCAUUGAACGUAGCCAUGGCCAUGAGAAAAGCAUCGAAGAUUUAUCGGUUCGACAAAAUCUCCAAAAUAUUGGAUGAUUACAUUAUUAAUUGCAUUAAUAACGAAACCGUGUUUAAAAUUUUCGAAGAGGCACUUAACAAUUCGUAUACCAAUAUAUCAAAUUAUUGUAAACACUUCAUACAAAACAAUGCAAAUUACCUUUUACAGGCAUCCCAUUUUCAGUAUCUGACAUUCGAAAUGGUAGAAACAAUUUCUCAAUUAAAAUUAAAAUUAUAUUCCGAAGUAACAUUAUUUGAAGCCCUAUUUGAAUGGGCUAAAGAUGAAUGUAGAAGAAGCAAUGUAGAAACAAACGUAAAAAACAUACGCCAUAUCAUAAACCCUUUACUUCCUCAUGUAAAAUUUUUGUCAAUGUCGGAGAAAGAAUUCCGUGAAGGCCCGGCUCAAUCUGCUGUUUUUACAAAAGAAGAAAUUUUUCAAAUCCUACAGAAGAUCAAAAAUCCAGAAAGUUCUUCGGAUCUUCCCAGUUGGUGCAGUGAAAAAAACAAAUUAUACUUACCUUAUUAUGUUUGCAUCAUCGAUUGCAAUCGAAAGAAGUACGAAACGAAACAAACAGCGUAUUUGGGCUUUUGUUUUACUCUCCAGAAAAAGGAUAUUUGGUUUUGUGGCAUGGAAUUAUGUCUUCGCAAUUCUUAUCAUCUACUAAAGCAUAACCAAUUUUUCUCUAUUUGGAUAAUUGUGGAAUCUAUAAAAGAAGUAAUUCUCGCGUAUGGUGAAGUAGUAACUUACAGGGAUGAUGGAAACUGCAGAAUAAUGUUAACUGUUCCGAAAUUUUUGGCGGCAGAAGAUUCAUACGUAGUAACAAUGCACGCUCAUGAACCACUUAACACUACUCCAUUUGUAACCUGUUUGGUUGACAACAAAGAAUAUAAUCAAAGUAGUAAUGGUGCUAAAUUUAUUUUUCACCAGAUUCCUCCGUAUUACGGAAAAGAUAUCCAAAAUAUUCAUGUUCACGAAAUUCUCUUCAAAUUUCAAAUAAUGUGAUUAUUUCUAAAGAAAAUUUAUGAGGACAUUUUUACUUCUUUUCGUUCAUAAAAAUUUAUCAAAAUUUUCAUUCAAAUAAUCAAAUCAAUGAAAUUACAUGCUGAUAAUCAAACAGUUAAUCACUAAACAUAAUUAUUACAAUAGAAAUUUUCAUCUCAAUAAAAAUAUU